CCUUAUGUAUUUUUAGCCGGCAAGCGGGAGCGGGGUUCGAUCGGAACAGUGUUCGCGCUUCGGCGCCCGCGGGCAUUCCGUAGGCUCGCUGCGCGGCAGGACCAUGAUCUCGGCAAAAUGACCACGCGCGGGAUCAGGCGGAAGAAGUCGUCGCUGUCAGAAGUGAAAGUCGCGGUGAUCGGCGCCCCGUCCGUCGGGAAAAGUGCACUGACGGUACGAUUUUUGACUAAACGAUACAUCGGAGAAUACGACCACCAGCAAGAAAGUAAAUACAAACACGAGGCGCUUUUGGACGGUGAACCAAUUUUAUUUGAAAUCCUUGACACUUGUCCUAAGAAUGUUGACGAGCUACCGGGAAACGAAAUCGCACAGUGGGCGGACGGGCUUUUCCUUGUGUAUUCUAUAACGGAUCGGGAGUCCUUCAAUUAUGUUCGUCGCGCGAAACAAAGCUUGCAGCCCGAUGUGCCCCUGACUCUUGUCGGGAAUAAAGCCGAUAUGGUACAUUUACGGCAGGUGAGCCCAGAAGAGGGAGAAAUUCUCGCAAAGGACUUUGAAUGCAGUUUCGCUGAGGUUGCGGCGGCCGAGCAAGUCAAUCAAGUGGGCGAAGUAUUCCACGAGCUUUGCCGGGAAGUUCUCACUCAUAGAAGGAGAGCAAAACAUAGCCUUUUGGACAGAAUGUUAGGUUCGAAAACUGCUUAUCGCGUAUAUUCGCGCGGGAAAAGUGACAGCGCUCUACCAAAAGAUUAACUUGGUCGCGGGCAUUUAACGUGAUUUCACUUCAACGUGUUAUAUCAUUUGGGUGUCGGAGACUGAUAUAUUAUGAUUAUUGUUGUAAUGACAAUAUGUUCACUCUUCCAAUCAGAAACGUUUUCCUGUAAGUUUGUUAAAAGGUGA